AUGUCAACAUCAUCAGAUUUCUAGCCUCCUUCUCCAAGUCUCUCACCUAGUUCGCAAAUUAAAUGUUAUCAAGAACAAUUGGAAAAAGCGCAUUCAAUGAUUGACUAUUUAGAAGUAAUGCUUGCAGAGAAGUAAGCAUUGAAGGAGAAUUUCAAUUCAUUUAAUCUGCCUAAGAGUAAAUCUCACAUGAAAAAACAGAGUUUGUGCUUAGAUCAAAUUCCUCAAUCUAUUUAAAUUCAAUAAUAUGUUACUCCUCGAGAAACUAAUCAAUCAAUGAGAUUCACAUCCGCUAAUAUGCCUAGUUAUAUUUCUGAAUUGCAACAAAAACAUUAAGAGAUCCUCUCCUCAAAUAAGGAGAAAUCUACAGUCAAAAAGCUGCAGAUCCAAGAAAUACAAGAAAAAGUAUAGGAUCUUUAAGAUGAAAUCAUUAUUUGUAAAGAAAGACAAAAAAAUACUGAAAUAGCAAAACAUUAGGCAGAAGAUGUUCUUGAACAAAUAGAUGAUGAUAUUCUGCAUGCAAAGCUAAAAUUACAAUAAGUAAAAUCUUAGGGAGAGUAAAUAUAUGAGACUAUGUUGAAAUUGGAAGACCAAGAACAUGAUAAAAAAUAUUAUAUGGGUCGAACUUCUACGUUGAAGAGAAAGAGAAGUGAAAUCUAACCACCUAAUCAAAUCAAGAACUAAUUAAAUUAAUUAAAAAAUGAAAUUGAAUAACUCAAAUAAUCCAAAAAAGAAAAGGAGGAAUAUUACGCUUAAAAAAUAAGGGAAAUUGAAUAGCAGUUAGAUCAAAGAAAAACUAAUGAGUCGAUACCCGAAGAUUAACUUAAUGCUUCCUUGAGUCCUGAUAGACAGAAAGUAAGAGUGUAUAAAGGAAAGCACGCCUUAUUGCAGGUAAUGUCUCAUCAAUAUUGAAAGCUUACUCUCAAUUCUGAUUCUUGUUCCAGGUCUUAUGCAUUGAGAAAGUCGCAAGAGAAUAAAUUGAAUUCAGCCUUUGAUUUCAAACAAUUUGAUGAACAUGAAAAUGUUUCAAUAGACUCCUUUAAGAAUAAAGAUAAAAAGAAUAGAACAUGUGAUCCAUGCACUAUCUUUUGAUUAAAUAUAUAUAUAAUUAAUUCAAUAUUACCUCAAAUGUAUUUAUUUAUUAUCUUAAAAGUUUGUUAAUUCAAAUGGUUGCCAUCAGAAUAGCAAUUUAAACUAUUUGAUUUAAUGUUAACCUUACAUAAUUGAAGGUGUCAUCUCAAAGUGAGAUAUUCUAAACUUAUGGAUUAUAAGUUAGAAUUAUUUUCUAUUUCUUGUUUUUUAUACAGUAUUGUUUGCGGUUCGAUAGUAUAACAUAAAUAGCACUCAAUUUAAAGUCUAAGCAUACUAUCAUGUGGAUGAUGAAAUCUGGCAGUCAAAUUUAGAACAAUAAACUGAAUGUCUCAACUGCUUCAACAGUUUAAAGGUUGAAGAGUAAUAGGUUUCAUUAAUUCAUAAUUAUAAUUAAUUAAUGCAAAGAGAAAAGCGUAUACCUUCAAAGGCUUGGCGAUAUGAAGAAUACUCUCCACCAAGACGAACCACUUAAACAACAAAUCAAAAGAGAAGAAAGAGAGAAUUAUCCUAUUAUAAAAUACAUAAAUUCUCAUAAAACUCUUAAUUUACUAAAGAAGAAGACGAAAGCAUUCUUUAAUACGUCAAAGAAUUAGGCCCUAAAUUCGUUAAAAUUGCUACUUACUUUCCUAGUAAAUCAUAUAGCAUGGUGAAAAACAGAUACUAUAAGCACUUAAGAAAUUAGUUGAUUGAAAGGAAAGAAAGUUAAGAAUUGAACCCCAAUAACAUUGACACUACUUAAUAAUUGAAAAAUACUCUAGUAAAACCAGAUAAUGAAAAAAUAGAAGAGUUGAAAUAACUUAUCACUUCUAUUAACUUAUUUCCAGAAAUAACAGAAAUAACCAAAAGUUUCAUAGGUGAAUUGUAAAAGCAUCUUCUCUGA